AUGUCGCAAAAGAUUGUCACUGUCGUUGGCUCUACCGGCCAACAGGGCAAGGCCGUCAUCGCAGCACUUGCUGGAAACCCACAAUAUCGCAUCCGCGGCGUCACUCGUAAUCCUGACAGUGCUGCUGCCAAAGUCCUGGUCUCCGAGGGAAUUGAAAUUGUGAAAGCUGAUCUCAACGACUUGAAGUCCCUCACCGCCGCUUUCCAGGGUUCUCACAUCAUCUUCGGAGUUACCGACUACUGGAACUCUUACCCUAUGUAUGGCCCAACGAAGGCAAAGGAUGUCGAACGCGAGCAAGCUAGUAAUCUUGUCAAAGCAGCUUCAGCAAUACCGACACUCGAACACUACGUCUGGAGCACUCUCCCUAAGGGCAACAAGGAGUACCCUGUAUACCAUUUCGAGGGCAAGCCGGAAGCUGACGACCUUGUUCGUGCUGGUCCGUUCUUACCACCCAGGACUACUUUGUUCAUGGUAUGCUUCUACGCCAAUAAUCUGCAAAUUGCCUCCUUCCGUCCUUAUUGGAUCGAGACUGCGAACAAGUAUGUCCAGUUUACAACAUACGAUCCCGAGACUAUCAUUCCAUUCAUUGGUGCUGUGAAAAAUAUUACACCGUUCAUCAAGGCCAUUAUUUCCAACCCAGAACAAACAAAGAAUGGUGCGAUGGUCAUUGGCAGCAUUGGACAGUGGACAGCUAAGAAGUGGGUUGGAGAAUGGGCUGCAGCAAGGGGCGCACAGGCGCAGGUGGUGCAAAUUUCCCAGAAGGACUAUAAUGCAUUGUGGCCCUGGCCUCGUUGGUCGGAAGAAUCUGCUCUCAUGAUGAAUUAUUUCAACUUGGAUAUCACUCCGGUGGAAACUCUUGAGGAAUGGGCGAAGACCUAUGAGCUUCCUGACCCUAGCAGCGGUAGUUACUAG